AGCGUGAAACCCACUGAGUUGAAGAAGAAUCAAUCUCUCCCUUUCACCUUUCUCCACAGCCUACUACUUUUCUUCUUUCUCUGCCUUCAUCUACUCUCACUUCUUCACUCACUGAGAAAAGAGAGAGUGAGAAAUCGAAAAAGGGAGUGAUGGGUGUGAGAAUGAGUGUUUUCUUUUUAUAAUGAACAAAGGAGUACACACCCUCUUCUUCACUGAAGAAGAUGGCAAUCCAGCAACAGAAUCACCAACUACAACAUAACGACAAUGUCUCAUCUCUCCUUGAUGCCCUUUACUGUGAUGAAGCAAAAUGGGAAGAUGAAGAGGAGGAGGAAGAAGAAGAUGAAGAGAGUGAUGUCACAACAAACAACGAUGCAUGUAACGGACCUUCUCUUUUCCCUCUGCUCUUGUUGGAGCAAGACUUCUUCUGGGAAGACCAGGAACUGAACUCUCUCUUUUCCAAAGAGAAGCUUCAGCAUCAACAACUUUACGGCUAUAACAUUCAUGCUAAUAACAAUAAUGAUGCUUGUGACAGUAUUAACAAUAAUGUGCAUUUCGACCCUUCUUUCUCUCAGCCUCGUCGUGAGGCUGUGGAAUGGAUGCUCAAAGUCAAUGCUCACUAUGGAUUCUCUGCUCUCACUGCAACACUGGCCGUUACUUACCUGGAUAGGUUCCUUCUAAGCUUCCAUUUUCAAAGGGAGAAGCCUUGGAUGAUCCAGCUCGUGGCUGUCACUUGCAUCUCUUUGGCAGCAAAGGUUGAAGAAACUCAAGUGCCUCUUCUCUUAGACCUUCAAGUGCAGGACACUAAGUAUGUGUUUGAGGCAAAGACUAUUCAGAGAAUGGAGCUGCUGGUGCUGUCCACCCUCAAAUGGAAGAUGCAUCCCGUGACCCCACUCUCGUUUCUAGAUCACAUCAUAAGAAGGCUUGGAUUGAAAACUCAUCUUCACUGGGAGUUUCUCAGACGCUGCGAGCACCUUCUUCUGUCUGUGCUUUUGGAUUCGAGAUUUGUUGGGUGCCUUCCUUCUGUUUUGGCCACUGCAACAAUGCUUCAUGUUAUAGACCAGAUUGAACACAGUGGUGGGAUGGAAUACAAAAAUCAGCUUCUGAGUGUUCUCAAAAUUAGCAAGGAGAAAGUAGACGAGUGUUAUAAUGCUAUUCUCCAAUGCUCAAAUGGCAAUAGUUAUGGCCAUAACAACAACAUCUACAAACGCAAGUAUGAGCAAAUUCCAGACAGCCCAAGUGGCGUAAUUGAUGCUGCAUUUGGCUCUGAUGGUUCCAACGAUUCGUGGGCAGUGGGGUCAUCACUAUAUUCAUCACCAGAGCCUCUGUUCAAGAAGAGCAGAACCCAAGGACAACAAAUGAAAUUGUCACCACUUAAUCGGGUCAUUGUCGGAAUUGUUGGCACCUCUCCUUGAUACCCCUUUUUCUCUCUUUCUUCCAAAACCAAAAUAAAAGAAUGUUAUAUUUAUUUACUGUGGUAAUUAAUCUUUCCAUGCAUGUUGCUAGACUAUACUGCCUUCCCCUCUAUGUACCUUUUCAUUUCCAACAAUGUCCCACAUUUUUUUACAUCUAGCGAAGAGGAAGGAGUGGUCUCUGAGGGAAGAAGAGGAGGACAAAGUUGGCAGUGAAGGAUGGCGACUAUCAUCGGCUCUCUAUAAUAUAUAUUUCAAGCACUUUUUUUUUGUUCAAUGGGUCUCAUAUAGACCAUACCAAAUUUGGACAUAUUUAUAUCAUAUUUUCUAUAAUAAAUUGGGAACAAUUUUGUUCAUGUGUA